ACUGUAUCUAUUGCUUGGCUGCCCCAUUGUCUUAACUAACUCUCUCUUCUGCGAUCUUGUUUUCUCAACAUUAUGUAAUACAAAGUCCAAAACCUCAAUUCCAGCAUCAAAGCCCACUGAUCUCUCUUUCUCUUGGUAGAGAAGGAGAAGUACCCAAUCUCAAUUCACUCUCGCCAUGUCCUUGAAACCCUUCAACACCUAUACUAUCGCCCUCAUGAUGUUCUUUACAUUCUUGAUCCUCUUUUUCUCUGGUUUCCUUGAGUUCCCAUCUGUGACAACCUCAAUUCCCUCCCCCAUCAGGGAUAGAUUGUCCACCUCAUCGUCCACACCAGACCCUUUUGUUGACCUGGUCAUUGCUUACAAAAAAUGGGACUCUCGAGUGGGUUGUAAUCAGUUUAGGGAGAGGUACAGAGAUUUGAUUCGUGUGGGGUCUUCUGGGUCUAAUAGGUCUGCUUCUUUGCAAGAGGCUGGUGGUGAUUCUGAGUGUAAUGACUUGAAGAUGCGCCAUGUUAGUGUAUUGGUUAAGGGGUGGACUUGGAUUCCUGAUAAUUUGGAUAAUAUGUAUUCGUGCCAAUGCGGGUUGAGCUGUUUGUGGACCAAAUCCCCAGUUCUCGCUGAUAAACCAGAUGCUUUGUUUUUCGAAACAACCACACCUCCAUCUCGGAGGCGCAAUGGGGAUCCACUUCGUGUCUAUAUGGAUCUUGAGGCUGGCAGGAAAAGAUCAGGUCUUGAGGAUAUAUUUAUUAGUUAUCAUGCAGAAGAUGAUGUUCAGUCGACUUAUGCUGGUGCACUCUUUCAUAAUGGUCGAAACUAUCAUGUGUCCCGUCGUAAGAACAAUGACACACUUGUUUAUUGGUCUUCAUCACGUUGUCUUGCGCAAAGAAACCAGUUGGCUAAAAGUUUCCUCACCUUAAUACCACACCAUUCAUUUGGGAAGUGCUUGAACAAUGUUGGUGGACUGGAUAUGGCUCUCUCUCUGUAUCCUGAGUGUGCCAAUGAUGCCAGCGUUAAGCCAAAAUGGUGGGAUCAUCUGCAUUGUGCGAUGUCUCACUACAAAUUUGUGCUUGCGAUUGAAAAUACUGCGACGGAGAGUUAUGUGACUGAAAAGCUAUUUUAUGCCCUGGACUCUGGUGCAGUUCCAAUAUAUUUCGGUGCACCAAAUGUGCACGAUUUUGUUCCUCCACAUUCAAUAAUAGAUGGGACGAAAUUCAGCUCCAUGCAAGAACUGGCUUCUUAUGUCAAGACCCUUGCUAAUGAUCCUGUAGCCUACGCAGAAUACCACGCAUGGAGAAGAUGUGGCGUUUUGGGCAACUAUGGAAAGACUCGUGCAGUUAGCCUUGACACGUUGCCUUGCCGAUUGUGUGAAGCUGUUGGUAGAAAAGGAGGUAGAAAUGCAAGAGCUUAGUGGAAUUUUCUGGAUAUAUAUUCCAUCUGGGUAAGCUGGCUGGCCACAUGAUUCCAAGAUUUUGCUAAUUGGGUGGGCUUACUCCUAGGUUUAUACAGUCAAGAAUGGCAUGUUGUAUAAAGUGAAGAUUCUAAUUGUGUAAAAUUGAGAAAUUCAGAUAGUAAUCUAAACCCCAUCCUAAGCCCA